CUUUCGAUGUAUUAUUGAAUUUUGACAUAAACAAGAUGGCAGCUUCUGGAGUGCAGUGAAAUGGAGAAUUUCAAUUCACACUCAUUAAUUUAAAAGUGCUUUAGCUGUCAAAAAUUGGUUUUCUUACGUCUUAUUUAUCUAUUUUGAGUUGUAUAUAGAAUUAAGGUUCUUCUUUGCAAUUUUUAUGGCCCGUAGCCGUUCAAGAUCACCCGCGAGAAGAGAACGACAUCGCAGUCGAUCCCGGGAAAGAGAUCGAGAUCAUGAACGUCGUCCACGUGCAGGUCGUUACAGAAGCAGGUCAAGAUCUCCCUCACCACGUCGUAGAAGGAGUAGGUCCCCCAUUCGAAGGCGUUCAAGAUCUCGUUCAUGGUCACCUCCAAGAAACAGAAGAAGUAGAUCUGGAUCCAGAGGUCGUGAAUCUACUAAAGAUGCCCCUAAAAGAGCUGUUUCAAAAUUUUUGAUGGAAAGAACUCCAAUAACAGAAAAAGAUUUAGAAGGUAAAACCGAUGAGGAAAAGGAGAUGAUGAAACUUAUGGGGUUUGGUAAUUUUGAUACUACUAAGGGAAAGCAUGUGGCUGGAAAUGUUGCUUAUGGCGUUCAUAUCAUACACAAAAGAAAGUACAGGCAAUAUAUGAACAGGAAAGGUGGAUUCAAUAGACCAUUGGACUUUGUGGCUUGAAGUCUUUUCUUUUAAUGAACUAUGUAACUAAGUUUUUCAGCAAAAUUAACCCAUUUUGUAUGCAUCUUUCAUCAUCUUAUGUAUAUUUUUAGUUUUAAUGUAACUGUUAUUGUGAGAAAAUAUAUACUUAAACUGUC